AUGAAAGGUAAAGAGAACAGUUUUAAAGAUGUGACAGUGCGAAGGCAAAAUGUAGCUGAUGCACUACAAUGGCUUGUUAAUAAUAACUCACACUACAAGGACAUAACCAUCAAUCAAAAUUCUUUAAAUUCUUUACCAGAACAUGGUGUUCCACAUGGUCUUCUCUCGGUUGAAACAGAGAAUAUAGAUUUGGAUGCCACAUGUGAACCUGACUUAGGUCCUCAAAAUGAAGAUGACAUUGUUUAUAAUGAGGGUACUGAAAUGAGUAGUUUUCUGCCUAUUCCAGAGUGUCAGCAGCAAGAAAUAGAAGCUGUGCGCCAACAAUUGUCUAAUGAUUCUAAUCACCUGCCCUGGCCAACAGUUGGCAGUGAACCAUUAAACGAGUAUGUAACUCCUUUUUAGCAACAAUGGCUUUCCCAACAUUAUUUCCAGAUGGUAAGGGUGAUCCUACUAACCCAUCAUUACGCCGAGAUAUACCACUCGGAGAAAGAGUAAAGCACCUUUUAAAGUUUGGAGAAAACAAGAAUGACAAAUGGGUAUAUCGCUUUGCUACUCACCCCAGAUUUGGUUACUGGGCAUUGAAUAUGAUACAAAGAAAACGUAUUCUGCAACAGACAGGCAUGUUCCUAAAACAAAACCCAGGAGAAGCUCAUUUGACUGCUGAAGAGCUGCGGCAAAUGGCAACUAGCAAUAACACAAGUAUGUUUAUAUCUAAGAUAUCACGCUAUCUUAGUAACAUUACUGGUUCUAAUGCUUAUUGGCACAAAGCUAAAGAAGAUUUAAAAGCAAUAAUAGCCCAUGCUGGAGCUCCAACAUUCUUUUUUUCACAUUCUCCUCUGCUGAUAUGCAUUGGCCUGAACUUCAUGCAAUUUUUGGCAACUCAGUCAGUAAUAAUUCAACUGACAACAAACGGCAGAAUGUGAUUAACAAUCCUCAUAUUACAGACUGGUUCUUUACACAGCGUUUAGAAAGUUUUAUUAAAUACUGGUUAUACAAUUCACUAGAUGCUGAGUGGCACUGGUACAGAUUUGAAUAUCAAGCUAGAGGUAGUAUACAUUGUCAUGGUGUAGCAAAGCUGAAAAAUGAUCCAGGUUUAUGUAAACUCUCAGAAACAGCUCUAAAAGGCUAUUUGGCUGAAAUGUCCACUAAUACAGCUGAGCAAGUCAAUAUACUAGAACUCAAUCAACAGAUAGUGGAUGGGAAAAAGGCUUCCCAGGUAGUUUGUCAGUAUGUAGAUUGGUUAUUGUCUACAUAUAAUCCAGAUCCACCAGAUAAUGGCACAUGGGUGAAGCCCUCUAUUCAUCCUUGUCAAAAGCGUCACAAGGACCUUGUAAGUUUACAAGACUCUGAACAAGAUUAUGUUGAUUUGUUGAAUACUGUACAAAGGCACACUCGCUGUAGUACAAACUAUUGUCUUAGAAAGAAACAAAACGAAACAGAACUGAAAUGUAGAUUUAAGUUUCCAUUUGAACCUUGUGUUAAUACAAAACUAGAGUUUGAGCCCAUUCAUACAAAAGAUGGAAGCACUCAAUACAAAGCAAAGAUCAUAACAAAGAGGAAUGAUAGCAGACUCAAUAAUCACCAACGACUUCAGCUUCAAGGCUGGAGGGCAAACUGUGAUAUUCAAGUGAUCAUUGAUUAUCAUGCAUGUGUUGAAUACCUUGCAAAAUAUGCUUCAAAAGGUGAACCAAAGUCACCUGUAAUGAAACUUGCAUUUAAUUCUAUUGUCCGUAAUUGCAACAACAAUAGCAACCCUACAAAAUUGAUAAAAAAGUGA